AUGGCUGCCACGGUUUUGGGGAAGCGCCAGCGGGGCACCAUUGAGACAGAAGCUUCUCUCCCGCCACGCAGUAAUAGCAGGCGCCGGACACAGCCGCCUCGAAUCCACCGUGAAAGCAAACAAGAACCGGCAUCAUCGACUCGGCAACUUCGAUCUCGAACAAAGCAAGGCGAGGAGUCACAAUCGGAAAAUGACACAAUUACGAAAGAUCGCUCGCCUGGCACAAGGCGAACAAGGAAGAGUGAUGUACAGAAGCUCGACGAGCCGUCCUCUUCGAAAGAGAACUUCCUACAGAUUUCCUCCAAACGUAUCAAUGACAGCUCGUAUACGAAAGAGAACUCCAUACCAGUCACCUCCAAGCCUGUCAAUGACGAAAACUUGAAACCCGUGGAGUUCAAAACCCCUUCGAAAGUUAGAUACCGAAAUGCUCUCGACUCGCCUCCAGUUACGCCAAAGCACCGAGUUCAGAUUGGAACGAAACCUUUAACGCCCCGUACUCCGCGCCAGCUGGGAACGCCGACAACUGCCCAGACUGUAUAUACACAAGCCCGCCAGCUGUUUGCGCGCGGUGCGAGUUCUGGGCGGAUAGUCGGUCGGGAAGCGGAGCGCGAAAAACUUACUUUGUUCAUCACCGAAGGUAUUCAAGGCCGAAAGGGUGGGUGCAUGUAUGUCAGCGGUCCUCCAGGUACCGGCAAAAGCGCUCUUGUUAAGGAGGUGCUCGAUGAAGUUGAUCUCGAGUCGGUGAGAGUCGCACAGCUGAAUUGUGCAAGCAUGAGAACAGCAAGGGAUGUCUACAGCAAACUCACCGAGGACCUGUGUGAUGAUGACGAUGUUUUCAGAAAGAGUGAAGCUGAUAGGCUAAAAAGCAUGUUCCUGCCGGACAAAAAGCAAGUCAGCAGUCAAGACAUGUUCUUGGUCAUGCUAGAUGAGAUCGACCAUCUUCUCACUUCGGAUGCGGGGAUCCUUCAAUCUCUGUUUGAAUGGUCAUUGCAGAGGGAGUCAAAGUUGGUACUAAUCGGCAUUGCAAACGCACUUGACCUGACGGACAGAUCUCUACCUCAGUUGAAAGCGAAGAAUCUGAAGCCUCUUCUGCUCCCCUUUUUACCUUACAAUGCGGGACAGAUUGCGGGCGUUGUCAUCAACCGCCUACGGUCAUUGCUUCCAGAAGACCAGGCGGAGGACCACAACUUCAUCCCUUUCGUCCAACCUACAGCCAUCCAGCUGUGUGCGAAGAAGGUCGCUUCACAGACUGGAGAUUUACGGAAGGCCUUUGAACUCAUCAAACGAGCAAUCGACGUCAUUGAACACGAAACGAUACAGAAGCUCGAGAUGCAAAACCCAAACAGCCCUUCGAAGACCAUUUUGGUCGAAAAUAACAACCUCUCGUCUUCUCCUAAAUAUUCGGCGCCGAAGCCCAGCUCGGCACUCCCUUACACAAUUCUUACAGCGCCCCGAGCUAGUAUUGCACACAUUGCAAAAAUCACAUCCUCGGUAUUUGGGCAAGGCACCACACAGAGGCUACAAUGCCUCAAUUUACAACAAAAAGCGGCAAUAUGUGCGCUGGUCGCACUGGAUCGAAAGCGUCGCGAGUACGACAUCCCGCAGACUCCGUCUAAGUCUAGAAACAUGGCUCCAACAGUCAAGCAAAUAUUCGACGCCUAUUGCACCCUGUGCAGAGCAGAUAACAUUCUGCAUCCACUGACAGCCACGGAGUUCAAAGACGUCCUUGGCAGCCUAGAAACGUUAGGGCUCGUCGGUGAAUUCCAAAGUCGAGGCCGAGGUGGUACAGUCGCCGGCGGCUCAGAUAUACGUCGCACGCCCUCGAAAUCCAGCGGGACCUCACUUAGCAAAGCCUUGGAUGAACAGAGCCUUGUUUGUUUUGUCUCACAGAAAGAAAUUGAGAGUCAGAUUACCGGGCCAGGCGAAGGCAUUCUCAGGAGGUUGUUCUCGGGUGAAGGCCUAUGA